CUUCCACUUCUUAACGAGCUCCCAAGUCGCAUCGCCUCUUCUUCUUCUUCACCUGCUCGCUGCAGCAGAAUCACACAGCCAGUUCCUCUCGACACAACCAGCUCUUCACCAUGUCGAACGGCACCGAGAAGCGAGCCCAGGCGGCGGCGGCGGCGGCGGCCCAGCAGCAGAGGCCCCCGGCGGUGUCCGCGGAGAUGCAGAAGGUGUUCUCCCGCUUCGACGCGGACGGCGACGGCCGGAUCUCCCCCUCGGAGCUGGCCGCGGUUUCGCGCGCCAUCUCCCCGCCGCCGAGCUCCUCGCACGGGGGCCGCGAGGUGGCCGCCAUGAUGGACGAGCUCGACACGGACCGCGACGGCUACGUGGACUUGGGCGAGUUCGCGGCGUUUCACGCGCGAUCCGCCGGCCGCGGGGACGACGGCGAGCUCGAGGCCGAGCUCCGCGCCGCCUUCGACGUCUACGACGUCGACGGGGACGGCCGCAUCACGACCGCCGAGCUCGGCAAGGUGCUCGCGCAGAUCGGGGAGGGCUGCAGCGCCGAGGAGUGCGAGCGGAUCAUCGCCAACGUCGACGUGGACGGCGACGGGUGCGUCGGGUUCGAGGAGUUCAAGACGAUGAUGGCACCCCAACCCCAAGGCAGCACCGCCGCCGACGCGCCCGGCGGCGGCCUCCCUGACAAGGCCAAGGAGUGAGUGACAGAUGUGAUCAGGGGGGAAGGGUCGGAGUGCCUCUAGGAUCAUUUUCACCUAGAGUAAAUGCUCCCUCGUGAUGUUACUAGAAAAGGCGCGCGACAUUGCCGCGCAAGGCCUGUGACGGGCCAAUUGCGAUUGAAAUUGUAAACGUUGUUUUUGAAAUAGGUUGUGCUUUCUGUUGGUUUUGAGUGAGGGAUCAUAUGAGUAUGAAAUCAUAUCUAGUAGCUUAGAUUUUACCACCCUCAAACCUGCAAUUUUCACUA